CGGGCGCUGCCUCGGCCCGGGCGCACGUGCGGGAGGGAGGGAGCGCGAGCCGCAGCCGGGCGGGGAUGCAGGAUGGCGGAGGCCCCCAGCCUUCCCUACAGGACCACCGGCUCCACCCUGCUGCACCCGCUCAGCCGGCUGCUGGGCAUCCCGCUGGAUCAGGUGAAUUUUGUAGCCUGUCAGCUGUUUGCCCUACUGGCUGCCUUUUGGUUUCGCAUCUAUUUGAGCCCCAGUCAUGCCAGUUCUGUUGUUCGUCAUGCAUUUGCCACUCUCUUUGGAAUAUACUUUGCUGUUUUCUGUUUUGGAUGGUAUUCCCUUCACAUUUUUGUACUCGUGAUGAUGAGCUAUGGCAUCAUGAACUUGGCGAGUAUUUCCAACAUCCACAGGUACUCCUUUGCUGUAGCCAUAGGAUACCUCACAUUGUGCCACAUUAGUCGACUAUGCAUAUUCCAUUAUGGUAUUCUUACUACAGAUUUCUCUGGUCCACUGAUGAUUGUUACGCAGAAGAUCACAACUCUUGCAUUUCAAGUCCAUGAUGGGAUAGGUCGACAAGCUGAGGACCUCACUGCAGAGCAGAGUCGACUUGCUGUAAAAACAAGACCUUCUUUACUGGAGUAUUUAAGCUAUCUCCUCAAUUUUAUGAGUAUCAUAGCUGGGCCUUGCAGCAAUUACAAGGAUUAUAUAGCCUUCAUUGAAGGGAGGCAUGUACAUAUGAAACUUUUAGAAGUGAACUGGAAGCAAAAGGGUUACAAUAGACUUCCUGAUCCUUCUCCAACUGGAGCUGUGGCAUACAAACUCUGUAUCACCCUUGUAUCUCUCCUUUUGUUCUUGACACUUACCAAGAGCUUCCCUGUUACAUACAUCAUUGAUAACCAGUUUAUCAAUAAAACAUCCUUCAUGUCAAGACUUGGUUACCUAUAUGUUGUUACACAAGCAUCGAAGCCAAAGUAUUACUUUGCAUGGACCUUGGCAGAUGCAGUCAACAAUGCAGCCGGCUAUGGGUUCAAUGGUAUUGAUGAGAGAGGCAAUUUUCGUUGGGAUCUGCUGUCCAACUUAAAUAUCUGGAAUAUUGAGACUGCAACAAGUUUUAAGGUGUACCUUGAGAACUGGAACAUUCAGACAGCUGCCUGGCUGAAGCGUGUUUGCUAUGACAGGGCUCCAUUUCACCCUACAGCUUUAACUUUUAUCCUGUCAGCCCUGUGGCAUGGCAUCUACCCUGGAUAUUAUUUUACAUUCCUCACUGGAAUCCUUAUUACAUUAGCAGCCAGAGCAAUCAGGAACAGUUGCAGGCAUUAUUUCCUGUCUUCAGAGCCACUCAAAGUGAUCUAUGACAUUAUCACAUGGUUUGUCACUCAGCUGGCUGUCUGUUACACUGUUGCACCUUUUGUUUUGCUGGCUGUUGAGCCCACCAUUAAGUUUUACAAGUCAAUGUACUUUCACAUGCACAUACUAGGCCUCCUGGUAUUGCUGGUCUUACCAGCCAGACGUCAAGACCACCCCAUAAAGUGGCUUCAAAAUCGGUUCACAGAAAACUCAGUUAAAAACAAGAAAGAAAAGUGAUACCUCAAAGGCAAACCACUGAUCUUGGGAACGCAAAGUGAUGUACCAAAAACAAAAAACAAACCAAAAAAAAAAAAAAAGGAAAAAGUGCAAGAAAAUAACAUUAUUAUUCUUACUUAAUUGAAAACCUUUUUGAGAAGGACAGAGAACACUUUGAUAGACUGUGUUCCAGAUGACUCUGUAACAAAGAUUUACAGGCAAGGUUUAUAAUCUUGAGGGGUAUUUGCUUUUUAUAAACUAUUUUUUAUAAAAUGUUUUUAUAUAUUUAAACCUUUACAUGCAGAAAGGUGGCUGUUGAUCUUUUACGGAAAUAUACGUUUAUUAAACAAUUUUGAAACUGAGAAUAAUAAUAAUAAAUAACUAGCAAGAAUUAGAUCAGCAGCUCAGUAGACUGGUGCUCAGGGCUGCUGAAUCUUUGGUUUUUCUAGGGUAUGGCUGCUUACCCUGGCAAGGGCCAGAGCCGUUAUGUGGUAUAGAGCCAUAGAAAUUUAGCUGCUGAGUGUGUUGUCAUUGAUUCCCACCUCAGCAGGAAGAGGUGGGCUAUGGAGCAGAGUACAUAUUUCCCAAAUGUUCACAAAGCCACGACUGUUGCCUGAGUUCAGCAGCGUGGAUAUAUGUAAUCUUUUGCAAUGACCUCUGCUGGUAUGAGGGCAAAUUUGACCACUGGAAAUAAUUCAGAUAGUUUUUCUAUGACACUGUUCACACAAUAGGCCAAAAUCUAAAUAUCAAAGGGAGUGAAAAAGAAAGAAUAGUCUCUGACUUGCAGAAUAAAACUCUUGUAGCUGAGCGAAAAGAAUAACUGUGGUGUCACUUGUCCAGCAGUACCUCAGUGUUCCUCUUCAGCUUUGGGAGUGGUCUUUUUCUUUUUAAGAUCAGAAUAAUUGAGAAGCCAGUUAAAUGUAAUGCUUUAACCCUUGCAGUCAUGGAUGAAGCUGGAGAAGGUUGGAGAAUACUGUAUUCUGACUAUAAGUCUACCUUUUUUUUUUUCCUCUCCAAAACAGCCGUAAAAAUUGCACUUGCCAUAUACUUGUGAUUCACCUGUAAUCGGUUUCCUCCCCCAGUCUUGACUUUGGCACUUGUGGCAUUUUUGUGCAUGCAAUAAAAAUAGCAAGUCAGACACUUUUAUUUUAGCAUUGCAGUAUGUUGCAUUUUUUAUUUGAUAUUUUUAGUGUGUUUAACCCUUUAUGUCCUUUCCUUUGUUUGAUUCUCCUGUGGGAUUUUGUAAGGCCAGUAGCAGCUGGAGGACUUUAUCCAUAGUUAUUAACUUACAUUCAGGGGGAAAAUGCUGUUCUUCCUAACACUGAACCUGAAAAUGCAAGGUCAACUUAUAAUUGAAGCAAUAUGGUAGAUCAGCUUGUUCCUUAUAAACUCAUCCGAUGGUACAAAGGGAUUAAUUUUAUAGAAGGAUAACAAUCAAAAACUGAAAAAUACUAUACAAGAACUUGGGAUGUAAACAAGGGAAUAAGACUCGGGGCUUCAGGGUCUGUUUUCAGCUCAGCUACUGGCUCACUGUGUGAACUUGGUCAUGUUACUUAAACUUCAUGCAUCCCUUCUUGUGAAAAGGGAUAAUAAUUCUCACUUAGCUCACAGGGGCAUUGUGAGGUUUCACUGAUGUUUGUACAGUACUUUGAGAUGCACAGUACUUUUCAUCUAGUUAAGUUUAAAAAAAAUAAAUCCAGUAAAACAGACUGUUAGGGAGGACUUCUCUCAAAACAUCAACUAAUUGAUUUUUAAACAUUUUUAAUAAGUGUUUUCAGGUUGGAUUUUCUCAGAAUCAUUUAGAAAUAAAGCAUUCGUCUUCCAUGCCAUUGCUUUUCAUCAUCUGUCUGAAGUGAGUCCAAAAUCUAUAUUUUACUUUGUUUUUUGUGCCUGAUUCAAAUUCUGCAGAAUCUUUACACUGUGGAGAAAAAUGUAUGAAACCAAAACCAAAGGCUGAAAAGAAUUUCAUUUUAUUAAUGGAAAGAUUUUGCCUUUCUCACCCUAUACAUUUUAAUGUAAUGUAUAUUUCAAGGGAAGAAAAAUUGGUAAUUUAUUUUUAAGAAGCGAUGGAUUAAAAGGUUGGUCUGAAUAAA